CCCAGGCCAGCCCUGAAGAUAGAAUGAAGGGUGCUUGCCACCUCCAGCUGCUGCUCCUGUUGGUGCUGGGAGCCAGAGUGCAGGAGUGUGCCGCUUGUGGGCAGCCCAGCAUUUCCAGCCGGAUCGUUGGGGGCCGGGACGCUCGCGAUGGAGAGUGGCCAUGGCAAACAAGCGUUCAGCGUCGUGGAGCCCAUGUGUGUGGAGGGUCCCUCGUUGCACCCCAGUGGGUGCUGACAGCAGCUCACUGCUUCCCCAGGCGGGUAUUGCCGUCAGAGUACAGUGUGCUCCUGGGAGCGCUGAGUCUGGGCAGGACGUCAUCCCGUGAGCUCUCGGUCCCUGUGCGGAGGGUGCUGCUGCCUCCUGACUACUCCGAGGAUGAGGCCCGUGGUGACCUGGCGCUGCUGCAGCUGCGUCACCCGGUGUCCCUGAGCGCCCGCAUCCAGCCUGUCUGCCUGCCUGCAACAGGGUCCCAUCCACCACCCGGGUCUCCAUGCUGGGUCACUGGCUGGGGUAGCCUCAGGCCAGGAGUACCACUCCCAGAGGGGCGACCCUUGCAAGGAGUGAGGGUGCCGCUGCUGGACUCUCGAGCCUGUGACCGCCUCUACCACGUGGGUGCCAGUGUGCCCCGGGAUGAGCGCAUAGUGCUCCCGGGAAACCUGUGUGCUGGCUACCGCAGGGGCCACAAGGAUGCCUGCCAGGGUGACUCUGGAGGACCCCUGACUUGUCUGGAGUCCGGCCGCUGGGUCCUGGUGGGUGUGGUGAGCUGGGGGAAGGGCUGUGCCCUGCCCAACCGUCCAGGUGUCUAUACUGAUGUGGCCAAGUAUACUCCCUGGAUCCAGGCUCUCCUGAGCCUCUGAUGCUGCUGGGUUUGAGAAUGAGUCCAGAGCUUCCUGGCCCAUGCCGCCCUGCUCCUGUCUCUUACACGUUGCCACCCCCUGCCCCCUCCCCUCCCUGAGGCUCAGCUCCCUUCACUCAGGGAUUUCCUGUGAGUCCCUGCCGUUACACUUCUGCCCCCUCCUUUUGGCU